AUGGAGGCAUCUGGGCGCUUAGAGAGAACCUAUGCCAUGAUAAAGCCAGACGCCGUUGGAGCUGGGAAUGCAGAGCGGAUCAUGCAGCAAAUCGAAGUGAAUGGUUUCACAAUUGUGCAGCAGGCAAAGCUCCAGCUGACAAGGGAGAUGGCAGAAGAAUUCUAUGCAGAGCACGCCGGAAAGCCCUUCUUUGAAGGUCUUGUGACCUUCAUGAGCAGCGGACCAGUUGUGGCACUCGUACUUGCAAAGGUAAAUGCAAUCCGGGAGUGGAGGACGCUUGCGGGCCCAACUAACUCAAACAGAGCAAGAGAAGAGGCUCCGGAGAGCGUCCGCGCUCUUUAUGGAACAGACGGUCAGAGGAAUGCUGUCCAUGGAAGCGACUCGCCUUCCAGCGCCCAGAGGGAGAUACGAUUCUUCUUCCCAAACCUUGUUCUCGAUCCCGUUCCGGAUAGCGCCUCGGCUACAGAGUACAUCCAGAAGAAUCUGCAGCCGAUCUUGACCAAGGCCUUGACGGCCUUAGCAAAGGAGAAGCCGAGCUCCGACCCGAACGAAGCCAUCGUUUGGCUUGCUCACUGGUUGCAAAAGAACAACCCGAAUGCGCCUCAGGUGGUUUCUUAGGUCAUAGCAAGUUGCAUCCAUGCCGCGAAGCAGUCGAAAAGACCGAGCAAGAGGACGAAAAUGCAUACGUCACGUGGUGGCGUACCCUAAGUUUUAGGCCUUGCAAACGGCACAUAGUGUCAUGCACUCGGGGCACGUUACUCGGUCCCGCCUGCCUGCCGCGUCGAGAUUGCGGACAGGUUGGAACAAUGAAAAGCUAGCUCUAGUCGACAUCCAGAUGAUUGACA